AUGUGCACGACACUUGGGGUAGGGAAUCUGAUCGAUAUCCCAUCGACAUUGCAACUCGAGCGACUCCAACAACAAGAAGCCCAAUUGAGAUCGAACGAGUACAUCUCUGCACUCAACACCGUCAAGCUCCCUCAACAGACCAUCAAGAAACUUCACAGUAUGACCUCCGUCGUCAAGGCAGGCGCCGAUCAUCCGAGCGAUCAACAGCUCCUCGAGGUCGGAGGCGUCAAGUCCACGGCAUCCUCUGCUGCCAACUCACUCAAGGCUCCCUCCGUACGGGAAGUCUUGGCUGAGAAGACCAUCGACUCUAAGACAUUAGGAUGGAUGGCAAGCGCAAUGGGAGAACUCCACCAGGCAACGGAGCAGAUCGACGUUGAGGAUGUGGGCGAGUUGAUUGUCACAUUGUCUCCACCCGUCGGGCAAUAA